GGUGACUCUCAACUCCCAACUCUCAAUUCUCAACAAGACCUCUUACUUACAUUUUUCUUGCUUCAUAUACUUUCUCUCUCCAAAAAUGACUAAAACUAAACUCCCAAUUCUAUCAUCUUUCUUCAUAGUAUACAUAAUUAGCCGUUUAAUGUCAAUCUUAGGCAUUAAGCAAAGGCCAUCAUUACCAAAUCUUCUAUGUCCAUACCUUUCAUCUAAGCUUAGUCUAGACAAACCUUCCCUUGCCAUGGCUUCCACCGAUUUUGGCAACUUAGUCCACAAGAUUCCGGCCGCCGUGUUCCACCCUUCAUCCGUACAAGACAUAGUUUCCUUACUCAAAUACACUUAUAGCCACCCAUUACCCUUUAAGAUCGCGGCCCGAGGCCGGGGUCACUCUUGUAGGGGACAAGCCAUGGUUGAAUGUGGUGUUGUUAUAAACAUGCCAUCUUUGAGUAGUACUAAACCUAAGCUUAACAUAAAUAAUGGCAUUGAUUGUGAUUAUUAUUGCAAAAAUAAUGGUGGUUUAAAUGAUAAUAAUGGUAAUGUUAAUGUUAAUGUUAAUGGUAAUGGUAAUGAUAGGAUUAGGGUUUCACAAGAUCCUACACUAGGGUUUUAUUAUGCUGAUGUUGGUGGGGAACAAUUAUGGAUUGAUGUGUUGCAUGCAACACUAGGGCACGGUGGCGGCUUUGCGCCGGUGUCGUGGACCGACUACUUGUACCUUAGUGUCGGAGGAACCCUCUCUAACGCCGGGAUUAGUGGCCAGUCUUUUCGUUACGGUCCUCAGAUAAGCAAUGUUUAUGAACUGGAUGUUGUUACUGGAAAAGGAGAGUUAUUUACAUGCUCAAAGAAGAAGAAUUCAGAGCUAUUUGAUGCGGUUUUAGGUGGUCUUGGCCAAUUUGGAAUUAUUACUAGAGCAAGAAUCAAACUUGAGGCAGCACCAAAAAGGGUGAAAUGGGUCCGAAUGUUAUACGAUGAUUUUGCAACAUUUACAAGAGAUCAAGAACACUUAAUCUCACUUCAUGGAAAUUACCAAGAGUUAAUCAACAUUAAUGAUGGUUUAAACUAUGUCGAAGGGACUAUCAUUAUGCAACAAGCUGAUCCAAAUAAUUGGAGAUCCUCUUUCUUCACAUCAAAUGAUCAAGCUAGAAUUACCUCUUUGGAUGUUCCUAGUGGUAUUCUUUACUUCUUAGAAGUUGCUAAGUUUUAUUAUGAUCACUAUGAUGAUGCCUACAUGGACAAGGAACUUGAGAAGGAACUCAAAGGGCUGAAUUAUAUUCCAGAAUAUAUUUUCACAAAGGAAGUAUCUUUGGUAGAGUUUUUGAAUCGAGUUCGAAAAGGAGAGUUAGAGCUUCAUUCCAAAGGAUUGUGGGAAGUUCCACAUCCAUGGCUCAAUAUCUUCAUACCUAAAUCUCAGAUUCAGGAAUUUUAUCAUGUUAUUCCUAAUAUCAUUGCCAAGGAUAACACUGAUUUAGCUGGACCCGUACUCUUUUAUCCAUUAAACCGUAACAAGUGGGACGAUAAGAUGUCAGCAGUAACACCAGAUGAAGAUGUGUUCUACACACUAGGGUUGCUCCACUCUAGUGGUUUUGACGACUGGGAAAAAUUGGAAAGAAAAAAUGAGGAGAUACUAAAAUAUUGUGACAAAAAUGGGAUUAAGAUUAAGCAAUAUCUCCCUCAUUAUACCACUAAGGAAGAUUGGGUAACUCAUUUUGGGUCUAAGAAAUGGAGUAUUUUUCAACAGAGAAAGACUUUGUUUGAUCCAAAAAUGAUAUUGUCUCCUGGUCAAAAUAUAUUUAAUAAUUGAAUCUUGGGUUGGUCCAUAUAUAGAAGACAGCUCGUUGUACAUAUAAUAUUUGUUGUAAUGCUAAAAUUAUCUUUUCUUUUGUCUAAUAAUAUGAAUAAUCAAAGAUAAAAGUAAUUAGUUUCAA